AGCGACUGGAGGGUUCGGAGCAGGCGGUCUUGUCUCGAUCCCGCUUUUCCCUUCCCUGAUCGCUGCUGGUCUCCGACUCCACUGCUGCCACCAUGUCGGAGCGGGAGGAACGUCGCUUUGUGGAGAUCCCGCGGGAAUCCGUUCGGUUGAUGGCAGAGAGCGCUGGUGUGGAGUUGACAGAUGAGGUGGCUGCCCUGUUGGCUGAGGACGUCUGUUAUCGCCUGCGAGAAGCAACUCAGAACAGUUCCCAGUUCAUGAAACACACCAAACGCCGGAAGCUGACCGUGGAGGACUUCAACCGAGCUCUUCGCUGGAGCAAUGUGGAGGCGGUGUGUGGCUAUGGCUCCCAGGAGCCCCUCCCUUUCCGUGCCAUUAAGGAAGGAGAACUUUAUUUCCAGGAGGAUCGUGAGGUCAACUUGGUGGAGCUGGCUCUGGCAACCAACAUCCCCAAGGGCUGUGCAGAGACAGCCGUGAGAGUUCACGUCUCUUACCUGGAUGGGAAAGGGAACCUGGAACCCCAAGGAUCCGUUCCUAGUGCCGUCUCGGCAUUGACGGAUGACUUGCAAAAGUAUUACCAGCACAUGACCCGGGCUGUGUUGGGGGAUGAUCCUCAGCUGAUGAAGGUCGCCCUUCAGGACUUGCAGACCAACUCGAAAAUCGCGGCCCUUCUGCCUUACUUUGUCUACGUUGUGAGUGGGGUCAAAUCGGUGAGCCACGACUUGGAGCAGCUGAACCGCCUUCUGCAUGUGGCCAAGAGCCUCAUCCAGAACCCCUACCUGUGCCUGGGCUCCUACGUCAAGAGCCUCAUAGCCAGCGUCAUGUACUGCGUCCUGGAGCCCCUGGCGGCCUCUAUCAACCCCCUCAAUGACCACUGGACCCUCCGCGACUACGCUGCCAUGCUUCUCGGCCACAUCUUCUGGACUCACGGCGACCUAGUCAGCGGCCUGUACCACCAGAUCCUGCUGUCCUUGCAGAAGGUGCUGGCAGACCCCGUCCGCCCCCUUUGUUCCCACUAUGGGGCCGUGGUGGGGCUGCAUGCCUUGGGCUGGAAGGCUGUGGAGCGGGUUCUGUACCCCCAUCUCUCCACCUACUGGUCAAACCUGCAGGCCGUGCUGGACGAUUACUCGGUGUCCAAUGCUCAGGUGAAGGCUGAUGGGCACAAAGUCUAUGGGGCUAUUCUGGUGGCUGUGGAGCGCCUGUUGAAGAUGAAGGCACAGUGUGCUUCCGCACCAACCCAGGCAGAGGGUGCAGGGGGAGAGGGGCGUGCACGGGAGGGCUAUCCCUGGCUCAGCCCCCUCCAGGACCCCCAAGUGGAGUUUGGCUUUGGCAUUGCCAGCCACCUGCUACAACUGGGCAGCGGAGGCCCCCAGGCGGGCAUGGGCAUCUCUGCCAAUCCACCUGCCGUCUCUCUGAACGAGAUUUACCAGGAAUUGUACUAUUUCUUUGGGGACAGCUUGGCCACCCGCUUUGGCACAGGCUCCGGGUUGUGUCCCACAGAACCGGUGCCCGCCAGUACACCCAAGGUGGCAGACAGCAAGAAAGAACAGCCUGCCUUUGGGACUGGGGAUGCAGUGCGAAAGAUGCCCCAGCUGACCGCUAAUGCCACGGUCAGCCCACGGGAAGAGGAGAGCCCUCGCGGAGACUUUUCAACCAGCCGGCCAGCCUUGCACCGUUCGGCCAGCCUGGCCCGGUCCCGCAGUGCCUCCCGCCAGCAGGGGCACCGGCCUGGUAUCCGGGACGUCUUUCAGAAGUGCCGCUUCUCCCCACAAGGGGGCCCCCGUUUCAGCUUUGUGAUUGCUGGGUGCCAGGUGGUGCGCCGGUGCCAGGGCCGCCUCUUCCAGACCUGUUUCCUGCAGCACCACGGCCCCAGCCCCGUCUCCCGCUAUGCCCAGAAGCUGCCCAUGAUUGGCAGGACCAGUAAGCCCGUGAAGAAGUGGGCCCACUCGGAUUAUUCACUGUACCUGCCUCUUUGAGAAAUAUCCUGUGCGUGCACACAUCUGAACCAAGAGACUGUUGCGGGCUCUGAAUUCGUCUCCGUCAUAUAGUGCUGUGCCAUGAUAAACAAAAGGGCAGAGCUGCAUUAUUAAGAUUGUUCCAGGAUUGAGGACUCACAUUGGCAUCGUCUUCCAAGGAAGCUGGGCAUGCAUGUUUUUUAUCCAAGCUCCCUCACACCUGCCAGGUGGAAUUCUUUGCUGUUGGCCUCCAGACCAAAAAAAACCCCCUUUACUUUGGCAGGAGAAGGGUGGGUUUGAACAUGUGACUUUAUACACUGUCAGUUCUUUGCUGCUUUUCUUAUUUAUUGAUUUACUAAACAUGCAUACCCCCUUUUGAUACUCAUUUUCCAAGUGUCAGUUACCUGUGGUUCUUAAACCCAACUGUUCUCCUGUCAGCACCAUAAAACCUGUUGUGUUACUGACCCCUUUGGACAGACUCAUUCUCUGCGAACAGUAGACCCUUCAGGCACUUGUUUGUCAGAACCCACCUUUUUGGAGUGAAGGCACUCUCAUGAAAACUGGGGAAGAUUGCCACAUUAUUAUUUUUCCCUCCUGCUCGUCCAGACACUGUUUGCCAUCAGAGCACAAAGAGCAUUUCUGCUGUUAUCUGCCUUGUAGACUCUUCCUGAACUGUUUUAAGACUUUGCUCACACACUGUGUUGCGUGUAUUCCCCUCUCCCACCCACCGAAAAUCCCAUCUUUACAUGCCCUGGAUAAAGCCUGUUUUUAGUUCCUAAAAUUAUAUCCUGCAAAGCCAGGUCUAUGCCCGAGAUGGAUGUUAAUUUUGGAAACACUGAAUUCCUUAGUAAGCAAACUGAGUAGGUGUUGCGGGAGCAGUAGGAAUAGCAACAGAUUGGGGGGAGGGAGCAAGUGAGUUGCAUAUUGCAACAGCGGGCAGGGGCCUUUUGUAAAAUUAAUUUUUUGUA